CAGCGGGGCCGCGGGAGGCGGUGCCUCUCGGGGAGGCGGGCCGGGCCGGCCGGCGCUGCCUUCCGGGGCUCGGCACGGCGGCCGGAGCCGGGCAGGAUGCGCUCCGCCGCCCCGCUGCUGCUGCUCGGGGCCUGCCUGCUGCUGCCGGCGCUGCUCCCGGCCGCGCCCGGCGCGCACGGCAGCCAGGAGCCGGCAUCGGGCCCGGCCGCGGCGGUGAACGGUAGCCGCCUGCCCGCCGAACCGGCCGCGGCGCCCGGCAACCAUAGCGGGGCCCAGCUCAGCCCGCUGCCCGCGCUGCUCCGCGACCUCUCGGCGCUGAAGGCCGCCGUCAUCGGGGCCUGCGCCCUCACGGCCGCGCUCAUCGCCUGCCUUCUGCUGCGCGUCUUCAGGUCUGGCAAGAGGAUUAAGAAGACCAGGAAGUACGACAUAAUCACCACUCCAGCCGAGCGAGUAGAAAUGGCUCCUCUGAACGAAGAAGACGAUGAGGAUGAAGACUCGACAGUGUUUGAUGUGAAAUACAGGUAAAGCAGCUCCAUGGAACACUGGUGCCCUGCGAGAUGUCAUUCUGCUGUUGAGGGACCUGCUGAAGCCGUAACUGUGAAAGGGGAGGCUUUCAUCUCUGCAGCGUUACAACCAAACCAAGCCUCACCUCCUCAAGGUGCUGUUUGUACAGCAGGCUAUGGAUCUUCUGGCCAAAACGUCACUGUUCAGUUCCUGGUUUCCAAACUUCUGGUUUGGAAUGACCAGGGUUCUUCUUUGCAAACUCAGCUCUCUUUUGCUUUAGGAAGGCUGCACUGUCACUAAAGCCUGACAAGAUGCAGCCCUGUGUACUGACUUGCAGCUCAUUAUGGUCUAAAUAAGUUUUGCAGAAGGAAGAAGAAAAGGAAGAUUGAACCAAGCUGCCCCAAGGACUUAUUUUCUAAAAUCCUAAUUCAAUACUUCAGUCACUGUUAAACUUCGGUCAUUGUUAAACAGAUCAUGGUUAAAAAAUAUAAUCAAGAAGUCUGUGUUUCUGGGCCUUACAGAAGUGAUUUAUGACCUUAAGUGGUAAAAACGUGUAAGCCAUGCUGAAAUGCCACAUUGUAUGUUUAGUGUAGGAUUUUUGGGGGAAGAGGGUGAGAGGUUGACUCAUGUAAAACACUUUCUUGACUUGCUACUGAUUUUUUGUUUAAAACAAUUGCACUAAGCUUUCAUGAUAACAUUCUCAUUGUCCCCGAGAGCUCUGGUCAGACCAACUUCAAUAAAUGAGACCACAGGGAAAUAGGAAGAAUUGGGCAUGCCCUAAACUACAACAGUCUUGGAUUAAAGAAGAUAUAUUUUUGUAAUUUUCUGUCCUUCCACAGGGUGUGAAAACAGUGUUUUGUACUGUCCUGUGCUUACUGUAACUUGUCUACAAUUCAUCUAUAUUACCUUUUUUCUAAGCAAAAUAAGUCCUCAUGUGGAAUGAUUAGAUUGCAGAAAGAACACCUCUUACUUUUCAUGGAAGCUUCACGUAAGUGAUCUUUACGUGUAUCAAACUGGAAGUUUUCCCCUGCCGCCUGCUUGACAAAUCCCCUUUAACUCAAGGAUGCAUUUCUAAGCAUCGCUCCCUGCUGUGCUCUGUGCUGCAGAGGUCAGAGCUGUGGGUUGACGCUAUGAGAAUUAGAUUGCUGCGUCUGGAUGGAUUGGGUUUAGGAGACCGCAAGCAUGAACGCUUUCCAGGCCAUCGUUAGAAAGGGCAAACCAAACUGCUUUCAUUUCUUUGCUUUGUGGUUUUCCUUUAAAGUAACCACAAAUGCAGUUCAGGCUUCUCUUUGACAUGUUUAUUCUCUGUUUACUGCACCCCUUAACACCUUUUAUUUUGGGUUUUUAAGCUGGCUGGAACUUUGCUUUUCUUUGGGAAUGCACAUUAUCCAUUUGUUUCAGGAUUGCCCCAGUGUUUGCUUGACCCUUUUCCAGCCUCCUGCAGCUACAACCCCUCAAGGGGCUGCAGCAUAUCUGGCAAAGCACCAUCUUAGCAACAAGCUGCCAGUUUGGGGGUUUUUUUGAAGGCCAGUUGGGAUUUGAGGUUUGCUGAGAACACUGAACUGCUUUGUCAUGAUACCGCAAUGUCCACCAGCUCUGCACGGUUCCCUUGGGCCCUGCAGUUGGUAAAAGGAGGUGAAGUGGAAAUUUUUUGUCUCUCUUUCCAGCAGCCUUGUGCUUUCUUCAAAGCAACUCCCAUAACACAGCUUGCUUUCAGUUUUCAGCAGUGGCUUUGCAAACAGCCCACUCAGGCUGGCUGGAGAAAAUCCCACAGCAGAGUGGUGUGUUACUAUUAGUCAUCAAGGCAAUAUAAAAAUGCUAUGUUAUUUUCAUUCAUGGAAUGAAUUUGAGUCAUUCCGUAUUACUGUUACUAAGCAAUAUUUAAUGUCUCAGCUGCGAGGUGAGGAUGGGGUUGAGGUUGUGUCCUGGCUGGUGGGAAUUGCGGGGACCAGCAGGUUAAACGAUGCUGUGCGUUGAGAUGAGAUCUGGGACUCUUUCCCUGCCUGGGUAAAACAGGCUUCAGAUUUAAGCUGAAUGACUCUGAACAAAAUAUUGUGUUGCUUCAGGACUAAAGUGCUUUGAAGACAGAGAAUUGAACUUCUUAGGCAGACCAAGUUCUUUUGAAGACAGAGAAGUGGCGAUGCUGAGAGGAGAGAGGUUAAAAGCUGAUGUUGUAUCUGCAGAAGGUGAAGAAGGAGCGAGGUGACUGCCAUGUCUGAGCAGACACCAUGGCAACACGGUCAUGUCCACUCUUCUGCUGAACUCAUUAACCUGGGCAUCAGGCACGCUGGAGGAGUGGUGGAGAGGGGAUGAAACCUCUGUGCACGAAAGAAAGGAGAGACCAAGUUAUGUAGGAGAGAGAUGAGAGGUAAAGGUGCAUAAAAGGCACUUCUCUUUUCCAGAGGUGAGUUCUUGAAAUCAGGAGUUUUUCCACUAACUUCAGGUCACUUGCUGAGUUAGGCUGGCAAAGGCUGUGCGCUUUCUAUGUUUGUGGCUAAAAGAUCACACUAUUUCCAUAAUAUGACUAAAUAUCAAUGAUAAACAGGGACCAGGUAUUUAAGAUGCUGAAGACAGAGGUGCCCAACAGCCACCAGGAUGCUCUGGUUCCUUGGGCAGGUCCCAAACCCUGUGCCAUAAGCUAAAAAGUGCUUAUAGGGAAGCAGCAGCUGCUUGGUGGAACUAAAAGGCCAACCUCACCAGUUGCUCAUGGUCAUGAAAACAAUCUGAAUGCUUUGUUUGAUACUCAGUUGCUGUUGCAAAUGUGAGGCAAUGUUUACCUCUACAAAAGUUGCUGUAUGUGAUUUAAAGUGUCUGGUUAAAUAUUCUAUAUCUAUAUUUAGUUAAGAUUUUAAGAGCACUUGACGUGACUCAUCUAAUAGUAUAUAUAUGAAUAUUUUUUUAAUGGUAGGAAUUAGUUUAAAACAGUUUUAAUAAUAUGGACUGUUUGGUUCAGGUAGUUCUAGGAGUUCAUUGGAGAAGAAAUAGCCAUUAACCACUACAUGAAUGUUUUACCUUAACGCUCUGUGUAUCUUACACCGCAGAUUUAAUCUGCUUGUGACUGUAGUGUUUUAGUACCUGCUGCUAUUUUGUGUUGCAUAGUCAAACUUGCUUUGUUCAAGAGCAUUUUAAAAGGCGUAUUUUUUUUGUUACGGAAAAUGAAAAGACAAAUGUUAUUACAGAUGUCUGUCUGUAGCUCACUGCUUACAAAAUCAACCAACUAGUCUCAAACCAAGCAAGUGAAUUAGAGGCUUUGCUAUCUGUGCAUGCUGUGCUGUGGAGGAAAAACCCUGCGCAGAAUUGCAGCAUCUCUGCUCCAACCACAGCCCUGUCACCAGGGAUUGCAUUUGAGAGGCCAGAAGUUGGUGUGAUGUGCUUGCCUGCAGAAUAAGUCAGAAGAACACAGAUAAUUUCAUAAUUCCUCCCCCAGAAGAUGAGGAGUUAACUGCAAACACUUAUUUGCACACCAACUUGUGCCACCCUAAUGCACAUCCUAAGCCCAAACUGACUUGUAGAAGUCUACAAGCACUAAUAAAGCUUGAACACACAAGCACUAGUGCAUUUGAACAUUUUAUUUGUAACUGUUCCCUCUAAUACGCUGUAUGUGCUGUGAUCUCUGCAGGGUAGCAGGCUACCAUUUUUCAUUAAGGGUUUGUUCCUCUGCUAGAUGAGUUUCUGCUGCUGCAGUUUGUGUGUGAGGAGCUAUCAGGACCAUGUGUUUUGUUUUGUGCAGUUGCUUGAACUUUGUUUAAAAAUGUUUAAGAGAAUUUGUCAUUGUGACCAAAGCUUCUUUUUAAGAAAAAAUUAUGAGUUUGAAUGGGCUUCUCAUGUUUCAGUACAGACUUCCAUCAUUAAACAUGUUCUUGGA